CAGAAGCUCGAGAGAUACAGAGAUGCAAAUCACCUGAGUGCAUGAAGCAGAUUUUUUUGAAGGAGGAAACAUGGAAACAUUGAAUAAUUUAUCUGAUCUGAAAGAGUCCGGGUUUGGUCGGCCGCCUCCCAGACACGGACUGAACUUGCUGUGGUGGUUUGCUCAUGAGUGUGUCCAGAUUGACUCCAAUCAACAAAUGGCUGCUCUGUGCUACCCUGAAAAUGGAUGUUUUGGUUUUCACCGAUUCUACAAUAGGGAUAGACCUAAACUUCUUCCACCCAUUAAUCUACCGUACUACGAGGUGGGCAACCUGCACAACCCUGGAUCGCUGCCCUAUUAUGUCAUAGAGAAUUACACGGGGUAUUUAGACGACAGCAACUGUGAUCGGAUCAUCGUUUCUUAUAACUGGAGAUGGAAGAAAUUUGACAGGGUUUACGUGACACGACACUCGGAUCAGAAGAACUUUGACCCCAAUUGCACACGCCAAAUAAGCCCUGAACUCAUAAAGACCAUAAAAGAGAUGAGGCGUGCUGAAUUUCUCAGUGAACGCAGAAAUCAACCUCAAUCUGUUCACAUAGAAAUGCCUCAUUCAGUGCUGACAGAAACCAGUAAUUGUCCAAAUAAAAACUGCUGGAUUGGGGUGGGCUGCGCCAUUGGAGUGAUCUUCCUCAUCAUUAUGACUGUUGUUUUGCUUUUUAUCUUUGGUAAAAUUAAAUCUUGAAUCUGAAAGUUGCAGCUUAUAUCAAAUGAGCCAUUUUAUUUCAUCAAAUAAAUGAAAUAUAAUUACUUGUUUAUUAUAGAUUAAUAUACAAUAUUGAGCACUGCAUGUUUAUUUAUGAUUCAUUGUAUUGAUGUCGAAAAAUUCAAAAGAUUUAGAAAAUGUAAAACUGGGUAAAUGUAUAUUAUUUUAAACCAUACUGCACUUUCAAAUGAAUUUAUGUCCAGGAUUUUUAGUUUAUUCAUAUUCAAACUGCUACACUGUAAAACCCAAUAAGUUAAGGCAACUCAAACCAUUUGAGGAAACCGAUUGCAACAAACUAUUUAAGUUCACAAACUAAUCCCAAUGAGUACUGUGAACUUAUUCCAUUUGAGUAAAUGAAGCAAUUUGAGCACAGUGAAACCCGAUAAAUGAAGAGAACUCAAACCAACUGAGUUCUGUAAAACCCAAUAAGUUAAGGCAACUCAAACCGUUUGAGGAACCUGAUUGCUACAAACCAUUUUAGUUAAAAAUAAUAAUCUAUAUGAGUACUGUAAACUUACUCCAUUUAAGUUGAAGUAAUGAGGUAUUUAAAUAACUCCUUAUAUUCAACACUGAGUUCAAAACUCUUUUCAAAUGAGUAGAAUUAACUUAA